AUGCCAUCGCCCCCGGUGCUCGAAUUUCUCUACGUGUAGACUGCUUUUAAAGGAGCCGUUACCGCUUCCAUCUAGCUCUCCGUUUGGGUUAUGUGGUGAUAGUACGAUAUGUAAGAGAACAUGCUGUUAUAUUAGCUUUUGCUUAAUCGGUUGGAUCCUGAAGCUGCUCCUCCCGGUGUGUCUCCUCCUACCGCUGAUAUGACAGUCUCCUCAGCCUCCGCAGCUCAGAGACACGGCGCUGGCGUGGAUGCCUGAAAAUGCGCUGAAAAGGGGUAUAGCAAGAACACUUUAUUUGGAGGAUAUAGAAUAUGCAAGAAUGUGUUGCCCUGCUCUUCUGCCGCUGACGGCCCAAAUCUCCGCGGAUCAAAUGGAAAAGCCCAGGCACCAGUGACUUGGUUACCAUCAGACUGGAAAAUAUGGCACCUCAGCAACCUUCCAGCAUGGAGGAGCAGUCAGGGGAGCUAUGUGAGCCUGAAUCUGAGGAGGGAGAAAAACAAGGACCAGGACCCCCUUCUGAUCAAGCUCAUCCAGCUACCUACGAUGCUCCAGAUGGGGGCUGGGGAUGGGUGGUCCUGGUGGCUACCAUCCUUGUUUUAGCUCUGACGCUGGCCUUCCCCUCCUGCAUUGGCAUCUUCUACUUAGAUCUUCAGGAAGAAUUUCAAGCCAGUAACAGUGAGACGUCUUGGGUGCCGUCGAUAAUGACGUCAGUUUUGCACGCCGGAGGUGAGGAUGUUAUAGAGAAAUCUGUUGUUUCUACACCAGUAGCACAACAAAAUGACAUUGCAAAAAUGACGAUAGUUUUAAACAGGUUUCUUCAACAUACCGCCUAUCUUGGUGCUGUGCUGCUCAACUGCUGUGUUUGCGGAGCCGUUAUGAGACCCGCCAGGCCUCGCAAGCCCAGAAAGUCAGAGGUGAUGUGCAACAGUCCCAGACCCGCAGGCAAAAAGGGAUGUGUGCUGGGGAUCUUUCAGGGUUUAGCAUCGUUCCUCAGAAGACACAUGGCCUUUGACCUCUUCUGUAGUAACCCGCGAUUUCGGGUGUUUUCACUGGGCAUCACUUGGAUGAUGCUGGGGUUUGUGGUGCCGCUUAUUUACCUGGUCCCGUAUGCAACAGCUCACAAAAUGGAUCCAAGCAGAGCCGCCCUGCUGCUCUCCAUCUUGGGCUUUGUCAACAUCUUUGUGCGGCCUCCCGUCGGAGUGCUCUUCAGCCUGCCCUGGUUUAAAGGUCGACACAUCUACGUUUUCUCAGCCGCACUCCUCAUAAAUGGACUCAGUAAUAGUAUCUGCUGCAUUUCUGCCAGUUUCCCAGUGCUGUUAAUCUUUGUCCUGACGUAUGGACUGUCCAUGAGCCUGGUAGGCUCACUGAUGUUCACCGUCCUGAUGGACACGGUGGAGAUGAGUCGAUUCCCAUCUGCGCUUGGCCUGUUGUCUAUCAUGGAAAGCGUCACGCUGCUAAUUGGACCUCCUCUCGCAGGAAUCCUUGUGGACCGUACUGAC